UUAAUCAAUUUUGGAAUAAGGCUGUAACAACAAAAUGUGGGAAAAGUGAAGCGCUGUGAAUACCUUCCGGAUGCACUGUAUGUCCCCCGCUGAUCAGCAUGUUUGCCUAAUUUUUUCCAAAACCUUACAUCCCAGUAUGUCCCCAAAUACACUAACUGAAAACAGACAAAUCAAUAAUUACAACCAAUAUUUAUUGAUUUGUCUUCCUUUCAUGGCCAUUCAAACAUUAUGAUUUAUUCACAGUGAAAGAGGAGCUAGAAAAUAACCAAAUUACCCCCCCCAAAACUGAUGUUCUCUAAUGAUUUAGUGGACUAUGUUCUUCGAAUUUUCCAACCGGGGGAUGGGUUAAUGUGCAUACUGAAAAUGAAAAUUCAAACUUGCAUUAGAAGGGAAAUAUUCACAGUACUACAACUUUACUCAGUCAACCCUAAGCAAAAUGGACAUUAUAACUGAAAUAUUCCUUAAUGAAUUAUAAUAAAAACCAAAUCGAAUCGAGUGUUUGUGAUUCGGAAUAGUGUCAAAUCGAGAAAUCUGUAUUGAAACCCAUCUCUCCCAUCCCUUUUGCUGAAUUACCUUUACCCAUCAACAACCAAUAUUUUUGAUUAAAAGACCAAAUAACUUGAAGUCACCGCAGUUUAGACCACUGAUCAGUGGUUUUGACUCUAUCUAGAAAUCACCUAGAUAUCGACCGGUGUGUGAUUAGCUUGGUUUUGCCGCGAAAACCAUGCAGGGCGGGAAAAUGUCCUCGGAUCCCUUUGAAUACGGAACUGUUUAUUGUAACGAAAAAUUCCUGGCGGAAGUAUUUCAAUGUAGCUCCCGUAAGCUCUCGCCCUUGAGUGGUUGCCAUAGGAACGGGAAAAGCUGAUUUGAGGAUUACAGCACAGUCCAAACGGUUUGAUUACAGCCUGGUUCAUUAUAAAAGAGCAUUUUAAAAUAUCAGAAUCAUCAUGCCCUCUGUUCCCCAGGAGAUGAAAGAAAGUUCAGUGGCCAGUUCCAAAUGGCUUGAUGCCCACUAUGAUCCAGUCGCCAAUCUAUAUACUUUUUCCUCUUGCAUUGCGCUUUCAGACUUGCAUGGCGAUGGUGAGAACAAGCUGGUGGUGGGUGAUCUUGGCACAGGAGCAUGUAACAUGAAGCUAAAGGUUUACCGUGGCACUGGUCUGUUGAGUGAGAGCACCUUGCUGGACUUGCCCACUGGCCUUGUCUCCUUCCUCAUGGACCUGCAUGAGCCACGAACCCCGGCCAUCGCUGUGGCUUCUGGUCCCUUCAUCUAUGUCUACAAGAACUUGAGGCCCUACUUCAAGUUCACACUGCCCAGUCUGGAGGUAAACCCUCUGGAGCAGGACGUUUGGAGUCAGGCCAGGGAGGACAUGAUUGAUCCAAUUACCCUUAAAGAGAUGUUGGAAGGAAUAAGGGACAAAGCAGACAUUCCACUCUCUGUCAGGUCACUACGCUUCCUCAUGCUUGAGCCACAGGAAAUGGAAACUUUUGUUCAUCUUCACAAAGAACAGCCUAUUCGUAGACAGACGGUCAUUACCUGUGUAGGAACAUUGAAGAAGAACAUGGCAGAUGAGGAUGCAGUUAGCUGUCUGGUGAUUGGCACAGAGAACGGUGAUGUUUACAUAUUAGAUCCAGAGGCCUUCACCAUCCUCUCCAAGAUGUCACUGCCUAGUACACCCACACUCAUGGACGUGACUGGUCAGUUUGAUGUGGAGUUCCGUAUUACUGUGGCCUGUCGCAACGGCAACAUCUACAUACUACGCAGGGAUUCCCCGAAGCCCAAGUACUGCAUUGAGCUGUCCUCUCACCCGGUGGGUCUGGUGAGGAUGGGAAAGAAUGUAGUUGUAGGAUGUACUCAAGAGACUCUGCAUGGUUACACUCAAAAGGGGAAAAAGCUGUGGACAGCUUAUUUGCCUGCACCCAUCACCACCAUGGCCCUGAUGGACCUCCCCACACGAGGAUUUCAGGCUGUGCUGGUGGCUCUGGCCAAUUGUGAAGUACACAUGUAUCGAGACAAACAUCUGAUCAGCACCAUCAAGACGCAAGAUGUAGUGACAAGCCUUUGUUUUGGCCGUUAUGGACGGGAAGAUGGCACCCUGAUAAUGACCACAAAAGGUGGAGGUAUGAUCGUGAAAAUCCUUAAGAGAACAGCUGUGUUUGAUGAGAAGGACUCCGCUCCUGGCCCUCCAAUAUCCCAGAGCAUCCGUCUGAACGUGCCCAAGAAGACCAAGCUCUAUGUGGACCAGACCUUGAGAGAGCGGGAAAAUGCAAUUGCCAUGCACAGAGCUUUCCAGAUGGACCUGAGCAGGUUGCGUCUAGCUGCGGCACGGGCCUAUGUCAAAGCAAUCGAGUCCAGCCUCACGCCCAUGUCAGCCAGUCUGUCUGAGCCACUAAAGAUGAAUGCUGUGGUUCAAGGGCUGGGUCCAUCCUUCAAGCUUACUCUAAACAUCCAGAACACUGCAGCCUGCCGCCCGGUCAUGAACCUAGCCAUCAGUUUUCUGUACGAUGAAAGUUUGUACAGCAUGAGGACGGCCUUCUUCAAGAUCCCCUUGAUGGUUCCAGGGUUGAAUUACCCCAUCGACACUUUUGUUGAGUGCUUGAGUGACAAAGGGAUCUCGGACAUCAUCAAAGUAUUUGUGCUGAGGGAAGGAAAAAGUGCUCCUCUCCUCACUGCCCACAUCAACAUGCCUGUGAGCGAAGGACUAGCACUGAACUAAGGAGAAAGAGAGAGCGGGACACCUCUAGCAGUCUAUUGCCACAACUGUUGCUGUGCUCCUUGCAGCAUAUAGCAGCAAGGCUUCUCCACAGAGCUGCCCAGAAGGGAGAGCCUUUGAUCACAGGAGUUAAGAGAAGAUUGUGCUGGUCACAGAGCCAGUAUGGUACCAGUAGCUUAGAUCAGGACUCAGGGGGCAUGUCCUCACUGACAAUACCUCUGCAAUAUUGAAUGAGUAGUGAAAUGAGCUUUUGAUUGACAGCUACAAGUCCAGCGCUCCAUUAUAGGUUAUAUAGUUUGGAUGUAAGAGAGUGUAUAAGAUAUGUUAUGAUGUUUAAUGUAUUUUUAUGGUAGUCCUGUAUAUUUGUAUGUAAAAAGUAUAUAAUUUUUUUUUUUUUUUUUUACAUUUAA